GCUUACCGUUGAGGGUUUUGGUAGUACAAUGUAGCUAUCUUCGUGAAUAUUUAUGAUUCGUAUUUGUCUUUUUUAGUUUUUGUGAUAAAAGUUGUGCUUCUGAAGUUAAACUUCAGGAAUACUAUGACUGAGCUUUCAAAGAAGACUGGGUAAAAGUUCAAGCCACUUUUCAUUGUGAAAGGUAUAGUGCUACACAACCGUCACGAACCUUCUUAAGCGAUUCAUCACAUGAAAAAGUAUUAUUUUACCACUUCUAAAGAGCCUCUGCCAUUACCAAUUCAUAUUAGUGGAUCGAAAUGGGAAGAGUAGAAAUGGCGUGUGCCGACGAAUCGUUGUAAGACGAGGUAUGAGUUUGCUGCGGUGCAGAAUAUUCCCAUUGAGGGCACUUGAGACUCUGAUGAUGGCCAUGGUAUUCUGGAUACCAGCAACGAACAACUUCCCCACAACAGGGACCAUGAGGACUGUGCGUAUUGAUCUUUUCGUAAGAAAAGCAAGUUCUUUACAGCAGCUUAAAUUUUUUAGAGAAUAUCACGUUAUUGACGCUUAAUCUGUUGCACCAAUGUGAACAGCUGCAGGAGCUCCAAACGUCUCGGAAUGAAUCUUCAGGGGUGGUAAAUUUACCAGAAGAUGCCCAACAAAUUUUAGAGUUGUGCUUCUCUACGGUGUAUCAUUUUUUGCAAACCUUACUGUGUAAUGAAAGGUGUGAAUCUAAUGACACGUGAAGAAAAAGAAUUCAACUCAUAGUGUAUAUUAUUAAUAGUCCAUACCAUACAGUAUUUUUAAGAUACUUUCUCAUACAUAUAUUAAUGAUCCACUUAUAAAAGGAAAAUAUUUUUUAUGGGACUAUGUUUUUUUUAUGAAAUCAUUUUAUGCCAAAGGACUCGUCGCUGACGUGUUCAUACUUACCCUUGCGCAAAAUGAUCUAUGUGUUUCUUCUAUCACUGCUAGUAA